AUGCCCUAUGAGUUCACAGCAAAGAGUUCUCGAGCUCACCCCCUCUCACCAGAGUUCGCCAAAUCUCUCCUUAAAGAGAUGCAGCACCCUCCAGCAUACUUCCGACAGGGCGUGGCUCUUCAGUACCUUGGUCGCCAUGCCGACGCGUUGGCUGCCUUUGCCUCAGGGCUUGCUCAGGACCCCAAGAGUUUGCAGCUUCUGCAGGGCAUGGUGGAGGCCACACUCAAGUCUCCCUUACGCGAAUCAGUGGAACCCACCUAUCAGCAGCUACAGAAGAUGAAGUUGGACCGGAGCCCGUUUGUUGUGGUUUCUGUGAUUGGUCAAGAGCUGCUGUCAGUCGGACAUCACGCAGCAUCUGUUGUGGUUCUGGAGGCGGCACUGAAAAUCGGCACCUGCAGCUUAAAACUCCGCGGCUCUGUUUGUUCCGCCCUCGGCACUGCCCACUGGUUGCUUGGCAACACAGAGAAGAGCAUCACCUUUAUGCAGCAGGACCUGGAGGUUGCCAAGUCAUUAGGUGAUGAGGCUGGGGAAUGCCGUGCCUAUGGGAAUCUGGGCUCGGCAUUCUUCUCCAAAGGGAAUUAUCGGGAAUCUCUGACCAACCACCGCAACCAGCUAAUGCUAGCAAUGAGACUGAAAGAUCGGGAGGCCGCAUCCUCAGCUCUCUGCAGUUUGGGCCAUGUAUACACAGCGAUUGGGGAUUACCCCAACGCUCUGGCCAGUCACAAACAGUGUGUCCUCCUGGGCAAACAGGGCAAAGAUCGGCUGUGUGAGGCACGGGAGCUUGGAAACAUGGGCGCUGUCUAUAUCGCUAUGGGAGACUUUCAGAAUGCUGUCCAGUGCCAUGAGCAACAUUUGGACAUUGCCAAGGCUCUGGGAAACAAACACGAGGAGGCCAGGGCUUACAGUAACCUGGGCAGUGCCCACCACUACCACCGUAACUUCGAUAAAGCCAUGUCAUACCACACGCGUGUGCUGGAGCUGGCACAGGAGCUACAGGAGAAGGCCAUGGAGAUGAGGGCCAACGCCGGGCUAGGACACGCCGCACGCUGCAUGCAGGACCUGGAACGGGCCAAACAGUACCACCAAAAACAGCUGAGCAUCGCAGAGGAACUCGGAGACCGCGCAGCUGAGGGAAGGGCUUUAUCCAAUCUGGGUAUAAUCCACCAGAUGAAAGGCGACUAUGAAACCGCGUUGAAACUCCAUAAAACACACCUCUCUAUUGCCCAGGAGCUCAGAGACUAUGCCGCCCAGGGCAGAGCCUAUGGAAACAUGGGAAAUGCCUACAGUGCUUUGGGUGAGUUUAAUCAGGCUGUGCAGCACCACCGUCAGGAACUCCAAAUCUCCACGGAGGUCAACGACCGAGCAUCCCAGGGCUCCACCCACGGGAACCUGGCGGUGGCGUACCAGGCUCUGGGCGCCCAUGACCGUGCACUGCAGCAUUACCAGCACCACCUCGGCAUCGCCCGGGAGCUCCGCGACGUUCAGAGCGAAGCACGUGCGCUGAGUAACCUGGGAAACUUUCACUGCUCGCGCGGUGAGUUUGCCCAGGCCCUGCCCUUCUACGAGCAGUACCUGAGCCUGUCACCAGACCUGCAGGACAUGGAGGGCGAGGGGAAAGUCAGCCACAACCUGGGCUACGCGCACUACUGCCUGGGGAACUACCAAGACGCGGUUAAAUACUACGAGCAGGAUCUGGCCUUGGCCAAAGACCUUCAUGACAAAGUGAGUCAGGCCAAAGCCUACUGUAACCUGGGCCUGGCCUUUAAGGCUCUGGGAGACUUUGUUAAGGCAAAAGAGUGUCAGAGGUACCUGCUGUCACUGGCACAGUCUCUGGGUAACACACAGGCACAGUUCUGUGCCCUGGGGAACUUAGGAGACAUUUCGGUCUGCGAGAAAGACGUGACUGCAGCAGUGCAGUUUUACGACCAGCAGCUGGCCCUCGCGGUUCAGGUGAGGGAUCGGCAUAUGGAGGCCCGUGCCCAUGGCUCCCUGGGGGCAGCACACCGAUUGGUCCAGAAGUUUGACAGCGCUCUGAGCCACCAUUCAAAAGAGCUGGUGGUUUGGCAAGAACUCUCUGAUGUUCUGGGGGAGAGUAAGGCCCAUGGGCACCUGGCCUUGGUCUACAUGUCUCUGGGUCAGUACCCAGCGGCCUUCCAAUGCUAUAAAGACCAGCUGGAGCUCAGUCAACAGCUGGGCCACCCUGGCAUGCAAGCGCAAGUUUAUGGAAACAUGGGCAUCACCAGGAUGAAUGUGGGUAUGAUGGAGGAGGCCAUUGGGUACCUGGAGCAGCAGCUGGCAAUGCUGCAGCAGGUUAGCGGACAGGAGGGGCUGAUGGACCGCGGACGAGCUUUUGGGAGCCUUGGAGACUGCUACACGGUUCUGGGCGACCAUGACGAGGCAGUAAAAUACCAUGAGCGUUAUCUGGCCGUGGCACAGAGUCUGGGCCGUCUGCAGGACCAGGAGAAAGCUUACCGCAGCCUGGGGAACGGACACAGGUCUUUGGGGAACCUGCAGCAGGCUCUGGUCUGUUUUGAGAAGUGCUUAGUUCUUGCCCAUGACCUGGGUGGGUGUAGCGGCAAAGCUGCAGCAUAUGGAGAGCUUGGGAAACUGCACAGUAUGCUGGGUAAUCACGAGCAGGCCCUGUCAUGCCUUGAGCACCAGCUGGGCAUCGCCAUAGAAACGGCAGAUCAUCCCCUGGAGGCCGACGCCAGCUGCGGUCUGGGGUCGGUGUAUCGGGCCGUCGGCGACCUGGAGCGGGCACUGCAGUGCCACCAGCGUGAGCUGGAGAUUGCUGAGGACAUCAGCUGCCCCACGCGCCACGCCCGCGCCUACGGCAACCUGGGGUUGACUCACGAGUCGCUAGGCAACCAUGAGCGUGCGGUAGCGUUCCAGGAGCAGCAUCUGAGUGUGGCUGCACAGAACAAUGACCUGGCGGCCAAAAUACUGGCCUACGGCAGCCUGGGCAGGACACACCAUGCACUUGAGAACUACUCACAGGCAGUAAUGUACCUGCAGGAAGGGCUGAGGCUGGCGGAGCAGUUGAGUCGUUCUGAAGAUGAGGCGAAGAUCCGCUAUCACUUGGGUCUGUCAUUGUGGACCAGUGGUAAACUGGAGGAAGCACAACAUCAGCUGGACAAGGCGUCAGUGCUGUUUGAGACCAUUCGGAAUGAAUCACAGUACAGUUCAGAUUAUAAACUAUCGCUGUUCCACCUGCAGACCUCCUGUUACCAGGCCUUACAAAGAGUCCUUGUUAGUCUAGGUCGUCAUGAUGAGGCUCUUGCUGUGGCUGAGCGGGCCCGCACACGGGCGUUUGUGGAUCUGUUGGUGGAGAGACAGACAGGACAACAGGACUCCACUACACCCAGCACAGUGGAACACAUCCUGAACACAGUCAACACACAGAAAGCGCUGGUUCUCUAUUACUCUCUGGCAGCAGGCUACCUCUACAGCUGGCUUCUUGCACCUGGAACAGGCAUCGUGAAGUUCAGUGAGGUGUAUCUGGGAGUUGGUGUAGCAGAGGGAGACGCUGAGCUGGAGGGAGAUGGAGGUGGUGGUGUAAGUGUGGCUUCCUCUUUGGAGCAGUUCAUUACAAAUGCUCGCCAGGCCUUAGGAGUUGACUCCUACAGCAGGUACUGCAGUUAUAGUGAGACAGACAGUCAGGGUGCUGAUGGCAGUGAUCAGCAGGAUGAGGAGCUAAGCAGGAGCAUGCGCAUUCUGUCCAGAAACAACCUUCUCAACCGGAGCCGUCAGAGUCUGCUCAGUCAGUCUCCUGUUAAAGAGGACAUCUGGACUCUUUCCUCUGGCCCGGGCACUCUGAACACAGCUGCACUGCGGACUCUCUACGACCUCCUCAUUGCGCCCAUGGAGGGGGGUCUGAUGCACUCCAGUGGUGCGGUGGGUAGACACAGACAGCUGGUUCUGGUUCUGGAGGGUGAGCUAUAUCUGGUCCCAUUUGCUCUGCUGAAGGGAAGCUUGUCAAAUGAAUACCUGUAUGAACGAUUCAGUCUCCUCACAGUGCCCUCCUUACACAGCCUGGAAACACACAGCAAGACACACCCAUAUGAGACCAGCCCUGUGCCCAGUAGUGUUUCCAUGGCAGCGGUGGUCGGUAACCCUCGCCUACCCCCGGCCGCUGUCGACCGCUGGCACUGGGUGCCCAUGCCCUCUGCGGAGGAUGAGGCCAACACGGUCGCCAAGCUUCUCGGGUGCCGGGCACUGACGGGCACCUCUGCCGUCAAAGAGAAGGUGACGGCUGCCCUGUGCCAGUCCGAGUGCAUUCACUUCGCUACCCACAUCUGCUGGAGACUGGCAGCCCUGGUGCUGGCACCCUGCCAGGAUGGAGGGAGGGCAGGAGGAGGAAAAGGAUCGUGUGGAAGUGAACGUCCAGUAACUGGUGAACGUCCAGUAACUGGUGAACGUCCAGUAACUGGUGAAUGUCCAGUAACUGGUGAAGAGAGUGAUGUUGGGAGUGUGUGUGAUGCUCCGGCUCUGCUCACGGCCGCAGACAUUCUGGACCUCAGGCUGUCUGUCAAACUGGUGGUACUGGGGUCCUAUCUGGAGGGCAGUAGUAAGCCGACUGCGGAGGGCGUGAUGGGUUUGACCCGUGCCUUCCUGGCUGCAGGCGCGCAGUGUGUACUGGUGUCUCUGUGGCCAGUUCCUGUCGCCGCCUCUAAAGUUUUUGUCCACGCCUUCUACUCUGCCCUGCUCAACGGUGCCAAAGUCAGCAUCGCGCUCACAGACGCCAUGAGAACUCUACAGAACCGCACAGAGUAUUCACACCCCUCUAACUGGGCCGGUUUUGUGCUGAUUGGCAGCGAUGUGAAACUGAACAGCCCCUCAUCUCUGAUUGGCCGAGCUCUGACUGAGAUCCUGCAGCAUCCUGACGAGGCCAGAGAUGCUCUUCGUGUUCUCCUUCACCUGGUGGAGAAGUCUCUACAGCGUAUCCAGAGUGGCCAGCGUAAUUGUAUGUACACAUCUCAGCAGAGUGUGGAGAAGAAGGUGGGGGGUCUUCCUGGUUGGCAGACGCUCCUCACAGCUGUGGGAUUCCGUUUGGAUUCGGCCGGGUCGGGAAUCCCUGCGGCCGUGUUCUUCCCCACGGCAGACCCCGGAGACCGCCUCCAGCACUGCAGCGCCUCUCUUCAGUCCUUACUGGGUCUUCCUCCCCCGGCGCUGCAGGCCCUGUGUAAGGUCGUGGUGACGUCAGAGGCAGGAGAGGAACUCGUUAGUAAGGCUGUGAAGAACAUGGUUGGGAUGCUCCAUCAGGUUGUGGUCCAGUUCCAGUUGGGGGAGAGGGAGCAGGACUCCUCUCCGCUGCCCAGUGCUGUGUCCCUCAGUGUCCAGCUCUGGAGACUCCCUGGAUGUCACGAGUUCCUCGCUGCUCUCGGGUUUGAUUUGUGCGAGGUGGGUCAGGAGGAGGUCGUUCUGAAGACGGGGAAACAGGCGAAUCGUCGCACUCUGCACUUUGCCCUCCAGUCUUUACUGGCUGUGUUCGAUUCAACAGAACUGCCAAAACGUCUGAGCAUGGACAGCUCGUCCUCCCUCGAGUCACUCACAUCAGCCCAGUCAGUUUCCAACCCUCCCUCCCUGUGCCACCCCAACCUGCCUCUCUCCCCCCUCUGCCCUGACAGCCUGGGCUCUGACGCCAUCUCCCUCUACAGCCUGGGCUCUGUGGCAUCUUCCCUGAGUUUCAUCUCUAAGCCUGAGAAUGACACCUUUGGCCAGAGGUUUCGUGGUGGUGGAACAUUCGGGUCUCUCACAUCACACAAGCUCCCCAACGGGGUUUCCCGUUGUAGGUCUUCACCGCAGGGAGUGGGAGAGCCCUCUGUGUUAGGAGGUGAUGAGGAGCAGUAUGGAGGUUUCUCCAUCAUUAGCAGUGAGCCUCUGGCCAGACGCAGUGACUCAUUACCUCUCCCACAGAGACGCCGUUUGUCUAGUGUAGCUGUUAUUGAUGGAGUUACGGCUUGUUCAGGCACAGGACAGGGAUACAAAGUGUGUGUCUCCUCAAAGGGCAGUGUUAGCACACCUACCUCCCCUCUGAAAGCAGAUCUGAAGCCUAGCCCUACCUCACCUUUUCAGAACGUGGGUAAGGUGAGCAGAUGUGACACAGGUGAGCUGGACCAGCCCAGCACAGAGACAGACGGCACAGUCAAGUCUCGAGAGGACAGGAUGAGUUCAGUGACACUGGAUCCUCAGGAACUUGCUCAGAAAAUUCUUGAAGAAACUGAGAGCCACCUCAGGGCGAUGAACAGCCUCCACACGGUAAAGGCAAAGGGUGUGGCCUCCAUGUCUGUUCUAAAUUCCCCAGUCUUCCGCUCCUCAGACACCAGUGCGUUCAGUCGACCCAAAAGCAACGUUAGCCCCCAAGAACCAUCCCAGUGCCCAAAACCACCCUGGUGUACCUCAUCCCUCCAAAACACCAGCUCUGGCCACAGCAGUCCUACCACGGCAGAGACCUCUCAAAAAAAGGUUAGACACCCCUCACCAUUUCUCAGCCGUCUUGACCAGUUUAAGAGGAAACACCCCAGUUCCCCUUAUGACGGUCACAUCUCUCAUUCCCUGAGCUUUGUGUCCCCGGGCCCAGGGCACCAGUCUUACUCUUCCACUGGCUCUCCUGGCUCAGCUGGUUUUGGAGCCACAGAUUCUGUGGACCUUGACCAUUUGAGGAGACUCAGCCCUGGUGAAAGGGUCCAGGCUGUGCACAGUCUGAAGAUGUUCUCCACCAGCGACACUUCUGUUCAGCUGCAGAAACAACUGCACACUGAUCCUCUGUCAGGGUUUUCAGGAAAACUGAUGUCGGGCAAGAGCAAUGUCCUUGGGCUGUUCAACCUCUCACCGCGUCACUGCCCCUCUGGACGUGGACAGGACUGUCUGGCCUCUCUGGACAAGAGCUCCAGUGAUGGCGAUAAAGGCACCAACAUUCAGAAAGCCAUUCCCUCGUCCACCAUCUCUGCACGAAGCAGUCCAGGAAGUCACCCAGUACACCGGCCCACUGGUCACCCAGUACACCAGCCCACUGGAAACGGAUGUAAGUCCCUCUCAUCAGGCAGAUUCUUUCCCACCUCCAAAUGUUAAGAUGUCUCAAGCUGCUUUG